UCAGGAACGCUCCAUAAAAGCCGGAGCGCCCCCACCCCGGCCACUCCAGCUCUGACUCCAGCGCCGCCGCCAUGACCUCCUUCACUCGCUCAUCCUUCUCCGGCCGCGUCGCUUCCAUCAGGGCUCCCAGUGUGUACGCAGGAGCCGGGGGCUCCGGGGUCCGCAUCUCCAGCACCAGUGUCCCGAGGAGCUUUUCCUCGGCGGGAGCCGGGUUCAAUCUGAUGGAUGCGCUCGACGGGCCGGACAGCAACAAGAAGACCACCAUGCAAAACUUGAACGACCGCCUGGCGUCGUACCUGGAGAAGGUGCGGCAGCUAGAGGCCGCCAACACUGACCUGGAGCUCAAGAUCCGAACCUUUCUGGAGAGCAAGGCCAUGCCCGAGGGUCAGGACCGCUCCGCAUACCAUAGUGUGAUCAGUGACCUGCAGAACCAGAUCCAGGACGCCCGCUCUACCAACGGCUCCAUUUACCUGGCCAUUGACAACGCCAAGCUGGCGGCUGACGACUUCCGGGUCAAGUACGAGAACGAGCUGGCUUUGCGUCAGUCGGUGGAGGGCGACAGCGCCGGGUUGAAGAGGGCUCUGGACGAGCUGACCCUUGGUCGCUCCGACCUGGAGAUGCAGAUCGAGUCACUGCGUGAGGAGCUCAUCCACCUGAAGAAAAACCAUGAGGAGGACCUGCUGGCUCUGCGGGAGCAGAUGGGGGGUCAGGUCAACGUGGAGGUGGACGCGGCGCCACAGCAGGACCUGUCUGCCAUUAUGGCUGAGAUCAGAGCACAGUACGAGAACGUUGCCGCGAAAAACCGCAAAGAUCUGGAGAACUGGUUCCAGGCCAAGACUGAGGGUCUUAACAAGGAGACGGCUGAGUUCUCAGAGUCGCUGCAGUCGUGCCGCUCCGAGGUGACGGAGGUCAAGCGCACCCUGCAGGGUCUGGAGAUCGAGCUGCAGGCCCAGCUCAGCAUGAAAUCCUCCCUGGAGGGGACUCUGGCCGACACGCAGAGCCGCUACGCUUGCAUGCUGGCCGGCUACCAGAGAGAGGUGAGCGCUCUGGAGGAGCAGUUGGCCCAGAUGAGAGCAGACAUGGAGCGCCAGGGGCACGAGUACCAGACGCUGCUGGACAUCAAGACCCGGCUGGAGAUGGAGAUCGCAGAGUACCGCCGCCUGCUGGAUGGAGAGCUCUCACUUGCGCAUGAUGUCUGCUCUCGUAGCUCUUCUACCACGACCACCACCAGGCGAGUGGUGACGGUGGUGGAGAAGGUGGUUGAUGGGGUCGUGACGUCCACAAGCUCCUCCUACCAUUAAACACCAGCCAUAGAGCUCAACCCUGGAUCCAGAAGGGACCUGGAGAUUCAUCAGUCAAACACAUGAGAGCGGUUCUCCAAACCAGGUCUAGUUACAGACCAGUUUCCUGUAUGUUGUCAACUGAAAUUAAAACAAACAGAAAAGGAAAUACCUGUAACGUCCAGGUGCUGUAGGUUGACAGUAAGUGGGGCGACAGGCAAGGCUCUGAGCGCAUGCGCACCCCGUGCCAUAUGGUCUUCCCGGUGAACGGAGUCCUGAGGCAGCUCAGUGGUCUU